AUGUCCAACAACGAAGGGAAUAUUAUUGUGUUGUUGAAGAAAGUGUGCCCCUAUUGCGACAAGACAUAUCAGUCGAACCAAAAAGCUAUUAACCAUAUCGCUGCUACUCAUCAGAAAAAAGUCCAACGUCUUCUCACUGGUCAUCGCAAUUUCGGCGUGUACACUCAAGCGAAUGUUCAAAAGUAUGAACAACUUGGCUACUCAAUCACGAUUCAUUAUGGCUGUGUCUCGUGCAAACAGACCUUCGUUGUGAAAGAAGAACUUAGAAAGCAUUGUGACCAGAACCAUGUCAUGGCAUCUCAACCUGAAAAUGGGAUCAUUACUGCACCUGACGAUAUCAUCAAGACAGGCUGGAUUUUUCGUUGUCCAGACAAUGACCAUCUUUUCUUUCAAAACAUCGACAUCACCAAGCGGUUUCACGAAUUUCGCCAUCAUGUGAAAACGAUUAUUGACGAACCGCGUCUCUUGACGUACGAAUCCCAUGUCCAGCACGUCUUGGCCUUGUCAUCGAUUCUAUUGCUCAAGCCAUCCCGAACUAACAGUGACCUUCAUCAGUUCAUAGAACCUGAAAUAUGUGAAGAUCUUAUCGAAUAUUUGCUGGACGAAUAUGGCAUUCGGUCUUGCGAAUUUGACCAAUAUGUUCGGCUUGAUGCUGAAAACAUUGUGAAGAACUGCAUCAGAAAGAAGGUCACAACGUUCCAAGACUCACAACGGAUGAUGGCUCUUAUGGUUGCCAGCAACGGUGCCCACAAUAAGAUAUUAUUAUGCUUUCGAAAUCUGACUUCUGUUGCGAAUGACGAGUGGAAGUCCAGUGACAUGUCACUCUUACAGGCCAGACCUGAUUCAACUAUCAGCAUGGUGAUAGGCACAGAGAUCGGCCAAACACUAGGGUACGGAGAAGUGAAACCGGCUUCGCAGACCAUGAAUCACAAGCUGGUCGGAAAAGACUUUGUGCGCUUGGCACUUUUAGCAAAAAACGCCAUUGAUAGGUACCAUAGCAAAUUUGUCCUGUCGUUUCUUGUCGUUGGCCACCACGCCACCUUCUAUUUGACUGAUGGUACAAGAAACGGUUUCUAUCCAAUGGUCGAAAUUGCACAUAUUCAAUUGCCAAUGUCUUUAAAAGAACUCCCAUUAUUCAUCGCCCAAGCCGACCAACUGGCAAUGGUUUCCUCAGCCUUCUGGAACUUGUGCGUCGACCAGAAACCGGAUCAGCAAUCAUUAAUUAUGCCCACCCUUUCCGACAAUGAAAUAGCAUCAAUUAUGGAUAUCCACACCAAUCGCAAAAGAAAAGCUCAUACCAGCCAUCAUCAUCAUUAG